CGACUACUAAUGAUAACAACAACAUCAACGACUAAAUAUUUCACCACUCCAAUAACAACUACAUCUACAAUGAAUGGCAAAAGUAAUACAAAACUCCAAUACGAUAACACUAAUGAUGAAAGUAAUUCACCAUUCCAAUAA